UCUUCUUUUCUUCUUCUUGAUCUGUUGCAGACAAACGGUUAAUAAGCAAAGAGGCUGACUAAGAACACCCACCUUGUAUUUACAUCUUGCUUAAGGCUCUGGUGCUCGCUCUUAGCUGCAUCAACCGUAUUAACUAGCUCAUCUUAGUUUGCCGUUCACCUCCCAGAGGGUUCUGAAGAAGUAGUAAUUAAAAGCAGAAAGGGGUUGUGGCUACUUUAGAGGGACAAAGCCCCUGGUGUUCAUCCGGAUCGGUUCGGAAGCUCGCUGCGGAAAGAGUAGGAGAGACUCGGCGCUCAGCGGGGCACGCCGGCGAGUAUGGGGCCUGGAGGGGGUAGAUGCGCAGAAGUCUCGAGGGCCUGCCUGGGCGAGUUCCACUUCCACUGCCGGGUGGGGCCUGGCAGGGGCGCAUGCGCAGUAUGGGCUACCCGCCGAAAGCUCUGUUCGUAUGCAGCGCAGAUGAAUGUAACCUGAACAUGCCAUGGAUACAUACGCAUCAUCGAAUUUCUCGCGUGCUCACAACAGCCUUGAGUAAUAGUGAUAAACGCUAGUGAAAUAAUGUUGAUCGAUCACCUGGAUGACAUCUGGGACUUAAGUCACGCACCUCCACACCACAUCAUACCUCAGAAUGGUUUCUUGGAUUAUUGCGAGAUCAACAGCACCAAGAGGAAGGACGUGGACUUCAUCAAACCCGACAACGUUUCGAAGAAAUCAAAACUUGUAGGCCUUCCUAAACUUGACACAGUUUCGGAAGAAAUUCUGAAUACUCCGCGAACCAGCUGUGCAGGGACAUGUCUUUCUUGCAAUGGAUAUUUUCAAAGGCUAGAUCGUCAUAUGCUUACUCAUUCUGGAGAGAGGCCAUUUGCCUGUACAGAAUGCCCCGAGAGGUUUAGACAAAGGAUUCACCUUAAGAGGCACAUGGAGAGGCACGAACGAGUGUCUAGUCACCCAUGCUUGUAUUGUGGGAAAGUUCUAACUAGGAAGGAUAAAUUAGAACAUCAUAUGAAACAGACUUGUAAAGUUCUUAGAGAAUAUUGAUAAGUGUUUAAAUUGAAAUAUGUUACUUGUUACCCUAAUAUAAGUUUAUUUCGAAUUCCAUGUUGUUGUAUCAUUGAAGUCAGCACGUUUUACUGGAAAAUAUUGUCUGUGCAACAAAUUUUUUGUAAUAAAAAUGUUCAACUCUGA